CAGAUAAUACACUAUAUUUGUUUUGUUAUCAACCAUCAAUAAACUAAUAGAUAAAAGGGAAUGUUCAAUUCUAAGAUUUUAAAUAUUUAAAACAACAUUUAUAUGUAACUAAAUUAUGAGAUUGUUUUUUUAAUUUUCUGUUAAACAUUUGUAUGUAUAAGAAUAUUGCAUGUUAAUUACUUUCGAUAAAUUUUGUUAAAAUGAUUUCACGUACAUUGUCGAGAUCGAGAGUUGUUAUUUUUGUUUUGUUUAUAAUUUUCUCUGUAACUGUAACUGUAGUUUAUUUUUACAUUAAAUAUUUACAAGAGGAAAACAGCGUGGAGUGGUCAGAACAAAGAUGUUUUUCUGAGUUGAGAUCUGUAAAAUAUCAGCUAAAUGUAGUUACGGAGUACAAAAACCGUAUAGAUAAAUUACUUACAGAAACACAAAAAGCUCAGGAAACUGAGAAGGAGAAAUUUAAAGAGAUAAUGGAGAGCUGUGUCGCUAUGAAGCAACAAACAGCUAUAUGUCAGAAUCAAUUUGAAGAUCUCCAAAGUGAGUGCAAGACGGUGAGGGAUGACUACAACAAACUGCUGAAGGAGCAGAAGAGAAACUAAAGACUGAUUAUAAUCACACAAUUCUGUAUUUGUUAUAACACUUUCACAAGUAGAUUUCAUAAAUUAAUAUUUAUAUUAUUACUGAUCAAAGGCUGACAUUUACAUAGAGAUAUGAAGCUUAUGUUAAUAUGUCACAGCUCAAUAGGUAAAUACUAAACAAUAGUACAGAUUUUGUAUAUAUCUAUUACAAUACCUAUUUAUAUAAUAAGCUAUUUACUAAUAAUAUUUAUAACAAAUACUUUUUAUAUAUAUACUUAUACAAAUAGUGCUUGUUUGCUACGUUUACAUUCAGCCGCUUUCCCUGCCACUCGUACUGCCGGAAAUAUUGCCGGGCGACAACUGAGCGAGAGGGCUGAAUGUAAA